AGAGGAGUACCACAAGGAGCAAAUGAGCAAGGCCGAGCUAGCUCACGAACUUCAGGUGCUGAAGGAACAAUACGAAAAAGCAAAUUCUGACCUGGACACCAUAGAAGGCUUAGAUCCCAACGAAGCAGCCCGAAAGCUACAGCAACUACAACAACAGUUUGUUGGAGGAGAAUUGGCGGAUAAUGAACAACUGAAACAAAAAAGAACGAAAAAACUUAAGGACGCUGAGAUAAAGAUGCAGCGAUUAGCAGUGUACAGUUCAACACAAGAAAAGCUCGACGCCGUCACCUCUGAAUUGCAACGUGAAAAAAAUCGGGCGAAUGCUCUGGAAAGCGAAGUUGAGGAUUUACAAGGAGAAUUCGAACUUGAUCGACUCGACUAUCUGGAUACGAUUAGAAAACAAGACCAGCAGCUAAAACUCCUAACGCAGAUCCUUGAGAAAAUACAGCCGUCAAUAAGAAAAGACUCCAAUUACUACAAUAUCGAAAAAGUGAAAAAAGACUCAAUAUGGAAUGAGGAUGAAGGACGUUGGAUUCUGCCAGAAAUGAGCACCUCGCGAACUGUGCUACCGGCAACACACAAUGGUAUCAAUUAA